AUAAAAGGCCAUGAGGUGGUAUGAUGGCAUUAUGUGCGAGUGAUGACAUCAGGCUAAUGGUGACCUCCGAAUUUGGUCAAGGUAAAGGAAAAGUCAAGGGAAGGCCAACUGCUGUUAAACACGGCAAAGAAGUUUUAAGAAGGGAGACGACUCCACUGAACCUGUGAGCCUUAUCUCCACAGGUAUCAACAAACCACACCUCAGCAACAAGUCCCACUGUUACGCUGGCUCAACUUCCAAAUGAACAGAUGGUUCAGGACCACUGUAUCAUCCAGGGUCAACAGGUCCAGGCUUUACGAAUCUCAGCUCAAAGUGAGGAUUCACAGGACUCAAUAGACAGUAUGAGGAAUAGAGAGACCAUGUCAUGGCGCCCUUCAUACAGGAGAAUUCUGAACGAUCUUUUAUCCAAUGCGCCACCUGACCCUCGUGCCCAGGAGGAAAAGGAUCUAUCUGCUGCGACUCCUACACCUGUCCCCACGCCCAUGUACCAGCCCAGCAGUGGCCAAUACAUUGAACUCACACAGGGUGGAGCCAUUCAACUAGCCAAUAGUGGUACAAACCAGGUCCAGAGCCUCGAAACUUUGACGAAGACCAACACAGCAGCUGCUGCCCAGCCUGGAGCCAUGAUCCUCCAAUAUGCACAGACAAGGAAUGGCCAGCAGAUACUUGUUCCGGCUAACCCAAUGGUUGUCCAAGCCACCCCCGGUGGGGUCCAGCCAUACCAGCUCCGGACAGCCCCGGCGGGCUCCAUGGCCCAUGGGAUGAUUAUGGCCUCUACCCCUGCCCUCCUCACCCAGGGUGCCACAAAGGAGGUCACUCGCAAACAAGAAGUCCGACUGAUAAAGAACAGAGAGGCAGCCCGUGAAUGUCGCAGGAAGAAGAAGGAGUAUAUUCAAUAUCUGCAAACCCGAGUGACCACCCUGGAGCACCAAAACAAGUUAAUUGCCGAAGAAAUUCAAGCCAUUAAAGCCCUAAACAAGAAAAAACCUGAGUAGGACUAGAGUGGAGCCAAUUUUCAGCCUUGAUACCCAAGACCAGCCCAAUGUUUUAGCGGUAGAGGAAAUUGAAUAAAUGCAGGAAUAGUUCAACAGUAGUUUUAAUAAUUUAAUUAAAUAAUACCUCACAUCAAUAAACCAUUAGUCAAAUAAAGAAUUUUAAAAAUAAAUGAGUUAGUCUCUUCAUCUUCACUAGCUGCUGUUGUCUCACUGGUCACUGACUUUGUCACUUGACGCCUGUUUUGAUCAGCAUGAGAAAAAUGUGGUACGUACAGAAAUCUAGGGAAAAAAAAGGUACUGCAACUAGUUGAGU